AUGGCGGCGUUGACCACGGUGAACCAGCUGAGCCUGGAGUAUCCCUUCGAGGAGCUCCAGCAGGCCACGCACGAUUUCUGCGGCAACCUGCGGCUAGGCUACGGAUCCUUUGGCGGAGUCUUUCGGGGCAUCCAAAAGGAUGGCACAGAGGUGGCCAUCAAGGUGCUAGACGUGGGCGAUGAAGGCGGCUUUGAGGAGGAGGUGCGCGUCCUGAGCAAGUUCCGACAUCCAAACCUGGUGAUUCUGAUGGGCUUUGCCCGCCAUGGGCCCCAGCGGUUCCUUGUCUACGAGCAUCUAGCGGGUGGCGAUGUCUUCCGACGCCUGCAGCGGUGUGCCCAAGACAACGUACCGUUCACUUGGCGAGAACGUCUCAGCGUGGCCUUCGACGCGUCCUGCGGGCUCUCGCAUCUCCACAACGCGUCGCCGAAGGUUUUUCAUCGCGACAUCAAGUGCCCCAACAUCUUGUUGGAUCGCAAUGGCACUGCCAAGAUUGCCGACUUCGGCUUGGCUUGCUGCUCCCACUACAAGGAGCAGAAGGUCCAACAGGCCGCGGGGACCGUGGGCUACGCCUGUCCGCACUAUGUCAACAAAGGGGUGGUGACAGAGGGCAGCGAGGUUUACUCUUUCGGCAUUGUGCUGCUAGAGCUCCUGACCGCGGCACAGCCGGCCUACCAACUGCCGACACAGGCUCCCGAUGGCGGCGCGCAGUACUGCUUCUUGGUCAGCCAGAUCGGGAACGACGCGCGCGUGGCCGUGCAGAUGGCCGACGCCAAGGCGAGGUUCCCUCCAACCAUUGCCAUGAGCUUCGCAGCGCUCGGGCUCCGCUGCACGGAUUACACGGAGGAGUGCCGCCCGCUUUUUCGGGAGAUCGUGACGAAGCUGAGGGCCCUCUUGAACACUCCCGAGGCCCCUGCGCCACCACCUCCUCCGGAGCCCGAGGCGUCUGUGCGACAGACCCGCCACGGCUACCAAAGCCCCGGCUACCAGCGCCCACACGCCUUUCAAGAUGGCCGCGGCUACCAGCCCCCCCCCCAGCUUCAAGGUCUCGACACGCUUCCGGGCUUCCAUCCGGGCUACCCCUCGGAGGAAGAGAGGCGCCUGCCCUCGGUACACCGCCAAGCUUCCACGCAGGAGCGCUUCCAAGGCAAUUCGGUGCAAGUGAAUUUGCUUAGCGGGCCCCCGAGCCCUGCUAGCCUUCAGUUAGCGCCCGGCUCUGGCCGACCUCUUUGCCCCGGCCCAGGGCUCCAAGGGCUCUUACAAGCGCCCAGCCGGGCCUUGCUCUGGACCCUCGAGUGCGUGAAGUCGGAGUGCAGCUCCGAUCUUUCGGCCAAGCCCAAGGACCAAAGAGUCCUGGCACACUGGAGAGACAUGCUCCCCUACGACAGGGACAUGGCCCACGCCUUGCCCCACUAUCGUUUCGGCCGUUUGUUUCAGAACGACUUCUGCCGGCUCAUGCUUCCGAACGAUCACUUCUUCUCGCAAGUGUCGCGAGAACACUUCCAGAUCUGGGCUCAAGAAUGGCCGGAUCUGGGCUUUGACUUCAAGGGCCAGCCUUGCUCCUUCUUCCUUACGAACUUCGGCACCGUUGGCACCGUGGUGGACGGCCAAAUUCUCGACACGAAGGGUCAGCAGGCCGCCCUGCACCACGGCAGUCGCAUCGCCCUGCUCCGGAAUGCAACGGACAACGGCCGGGAAUCAAAGGUGGAGUUCUUGGAGUUCAUCUUCAGUCUGGAAGGGUCUGUCCUGGAGGAUGCAGAUGAAAUCUACGAGGCCGUGCCAGGUUCUCGGAGGAGUUGCGAUGCACCUUCCGCGCCUCUUCUCGGAGGCGUUUGUCCUUCGACGGAGACGGAGAGGUGUGGCGACGCCGUGCAAGGCGGCAUGUCCUUUGCAGGCACCGAUGUGGAACCAGUCUUCGUCCUCGAGUUGGGCGGCACUGCUCUUCGUGCCGGUGUGCCACGCGAGAACUUCCGCGUCCUCCACGGACCUUCGGCCUCGGCCAUCGCGUCGGCGCCCAGCUGCGAGGUGCCGUGCCCGCCCCUGACCUUGGGCAGCCGACUCCAACCAGGCUUCUGGAAGAGGAUCCUGACGGAUGAUGCGAAGGGGCUCUUGGCAGAGCAGCACUUGCGGAUCGAGGUGGAAGAGAGCCUCGAGGGCCCGGAGCAAAAACGCUUCUACUUGAGGAAUCUCAGCGAGCUGUCUCUCAAAGUGGAGGGAGCGCCGGAGGGGCAUGACAGCACGCGCCUGCCGGACGAGGACGGGCGAUGGCAGCUGCACGACGGAGACAGUGUUCUCCUGAACCUGUGCAAGGGUAGCUCCAUGUGGAUGUGUUUCCGGGAGUUCGCCGCCAAGGCUCAGCCGAUCUGA